AUGAACAUGCACGCAGUCAUAGAUUUUUACGAAAGGGAUCGAGCACAUGUGCUUUUAGAUCCGGGGACAUGCGCUCAGUCUGUUUUGCAGUCAGUUGUAUUUACUCAGUCUUGUAUUUCCGAAGACGCACACCCGUCCUUGCUCGACACGGGCGCUCAUCCACUCAAUUUAGCCUGGGAACAACAAGCGAAAGAACCGACAACCAACCCCCAACAACCGACAUCCAACACCCUACAACCGACAUCCAACACCCAACAACCGACAACCGACAUCCAACACCCAACACCCAACAUCCAACAACCGACAACCGGCAACCAACACCCAACAACCGACAACCAAUACACAACACCCAACAACCGACAUCCAACACCCAACAACCGACACCCAACACCCAACAACCGACAACCGAUACCCAACACCCAACAAACCGACAAACCAACCGACAACCAACACCCCCAACAACGACACCCGACAACCGAUACACAAUACCCAACAACCUACAAUCGACAACCGGCACCCAACACCCGACAGCCGACAUCCAACACCCAACAACCGACACCCACAACACCCAACAACCGACCACCGACAUACCAACACCAACAACGACACCCAACACCCAACAACCGACAACCGACACCCAUCAACCAACACCCAACAACCGACACCCGACACCCGACAACGACAACGACAACCGGCACCCAACACCCGACAGCCGACAUCCAACACCCAACAACCGACAACCACACCAACAACCCGACAGCCGACAUCCAACACCGACAGCCGACAACCGACACCCAACACCCGAUAGCCGACAACCGACACCCGACAACUAACACCCAACACCCGACAACCGACACACAACACCUGACACCCAAGAACCGAUACACAACACCCAACACCCGACAACCAGCAUCCGACAACCGAUACACAACAACCAACACCCGACAACCGAAAUCCAACACCCGACAGCCGACACCCAACGCCCGACAACCGAUACACAACACCCAACAUACACAACACCCAACAACCGACACCCGACAACCGAUACAACAACACCCAACAACCGAACCCGACAACCGAUACACAACACCCAACAACCGAUACACAACGACACCGACAACCCACAACACCCAACAACCGACUAACACGACACCCGACAACCGAUACACAACACCCAACAACCGACACCCGACAACCGAUACACAACACCCAACAACCGACACCCGACAACCGAUACACAACAACCAACAUCCAACAUCCAACACCCAACAGCCGACACCCAACAACCGGCAACCGACAACCCACAACCGAUACACAACACCCAACACCCGACAACUGAUACACAACACCCAACACCCAACACCCGACAACCGACAACCAACACCCGACAAUCGACAACCAACAAUCAAUACCUGA